AUGGCUGGUAGCAAUGGUUCUCAAGGCCCUAAGGUCCAAGGUAUCUCUAUAGCAUUUGCCGUCUUGGUCUUCGUCGUUCUGGCUCUUCGUCUCUUUUCACGCAUUUUUGUCCUGGGCCAAAUGGGUGUUGAUGACUACCUCAUUAUUGGCGCUUGUAUGUUGUCGUGGUCAUUUGCUGUCGUUACGCUUGUCGCGGUCAAACAUGGGCUUGGACAACACAUUGGAGAUGUCGACCCAACCGGGAUGGCCGACUACGCUUUUGCCGUCUGGCUGAGCUCAAUGUUCUAUCUCGCAACACUUGGGUUCGUCAAAACUUCCGUCCUGUGGUUCUAUACUCGCCUUGGAGAUCGCUAUCUCACUCGCCUAUCCCGGGUCAUGAUGGGAGUUAUCAUGGCGCAAGCAACAUCAUUCGUUCUCGUGGCCGCAUUCCAAUGUCAACCUAUUAGCAUGGCCUGGACUGGCACCGGACCCGGAAAAUGCGUCAACAUCAACCUAUUCUACCUAUGCAACGCCGCCCUGAACAUUGUCACCGACCUCUUGACUUAUACCUUGCCCAUCAAGGUAAUCUUCAGUCUCCAGAUGCCUCAGAAACAGAAGUUUAUCCUGGCCUUUAUCCUCUGUCUUGGUCUUUUCGCUUGUAUCUCCUCGAUCAUCCGAAUCACCUAUAUCCCUACCAUGCUUUCCUCGAAGGACUCCACCUACGCCAUCAGCGGUGCCAUGUACUGGUCGGUUAUCGAAAUCAACAUCGGCAUAUUCGCUGCCUCAAUUCCUUCAUUCAAGGCGAUUGCCUCCCGCUUCCUACCUCGCUUCAUCGGCGAGUACAGCAGUGGCAAGAAAUAUGCCCCCUGGUCAAGCAACACCACUGGCCCGCGAGCUGGAUUCGCCAAGGCCACGGAUCCCAACAGCAUCACUAUGGAUACAAUCACCUGCAAUGGGGAUGGGACCAUGGGUACCAGAAUUGGCGCGACUAGCAACUCCAGCGAGGAGCGCAUUAUCCCCCAAGGGAAGAUCUUCACUCACACAGAGAUUGAAACUACCUUUGAAAGAAAUGAUCGUGCAAGCAGUGGUUCGUCAUCUAUCGAGCGGGCUCGUCAAUGA